AUGAGUGAGGAUAGGAAGAAAGAUGUGCUUAAAUUUUUCAAAGUCGCUUCUGAGAGUGAAAUUAUCAAUCGGUACCCAUCGUUUGGUGAAACUCUGGCGCAUAACAUCAUUCUCAAACGUCAAAAUGCCCCACUGAAACGCCUCCGCGACAUUUGGAAUUUGGGAGCUGUUCGGGAGGUACUACUUUCAGACUGUGGUAUGGUUAUUGAUGACAAUAUCAAGGAUGAACAAGUAAUAAAUGAGCAACUCCCUCAACCUCGCUCUGUGUCGGCAAAUACACGGCCUAUCCCAGUGGCUACACAUUAUCCCUCGGCACCUCCACUACCACAGUUGCCACCAGCAGACCAUGACGUCAUAGAACUCUUCCGGACUCUCAAAGAUAUGGGUCUGGUUGAAAGAUGGACGAAGUAUAUUAGUGAUUCGGAUAUCCUCACCACCAAUGAUGCCCUGCCCUCCAACACCUAUCGACUGGCCACGUGGAACCUGGAUCGUUUCACUUUGGCAAAGGCCAGACACUCCGGAUUUCGGGAAGCUAUUUGCCUCACUAUUCUCUCCAAUCAAUUCGAUCUCAUCGCCUUCCAGGAAGUGGUUGAACCCGAGUCAGUUCAAUUGUUGGUGAACGAGUUGAAUGACCCUGUGCUGCCGAUGAUAAGGGGGUGGAUUGCGGUGAACCAAGCUAAAUAUGGCUCCUACAAGGCCUUCUCAUCGAGUGAUAAGACGGGGCGAACCUUUCAGGCCGUGGAGUAUUCUUCUAUCCUCUACCGUUCCGAUCGUGUGCAAGCUAUCUCCUCACGUGUUCUGUCCGCCAGUGGGAAGUUUUCGCGGCUGCCUUUUUUGAGCAAAUUUAAGCUGGGAUCGAGCACUCUUAUGCUCACCUCGGUUCACCUCAGAGCACCGGGUUUAGAGGACACUCAUUUAGAGAAGAAUGCUGAAGAAGUUGCCUGCCUUGCUGACUUUGUCGAUGCGAUAAUGGACACUCUUUCAGACAAAAUCUACUAUGUCAUCUUAGGCGAUUUCAACAUGGAUCCUGGCAAUAAGGCUUUCGACGCUUUGCGUUCCCGCGGACUGGUCAGCACACUGCCGACAGCCUGCGCAACAAUGGCGAGUGCAGUAGAGCGAGGCGCGGGCAUCGGUCAAAGACAGGGGGAUUCACGAGUGCCGUGCCUAGACAAUGCAUGGCUCUGUCCCAACCUUCUAGCCUCAGAGGUAGACGAGGGCUCGGGGGGAUUGAAAUUUACGGGCGUCAGCGCUGUAGUGAUCCCAUCCCGCCACCCUCUCAUUCCCCUCCCCGACUUCUCUGACGGAUGUGGACGACCCAGCAACCACUGCCCCGUCUACUUUGAUCUGGCUUCCUACAGUACUUCCCUGAAAACGGAAAAAGACAGCGCCCUCGGUCUUGGUAUUCGGUCCCUCAAGGGCAUCCCCGUUGAUCCUUCACUGGGCGGCCUGGCCCCCGGGGCAUACUUCGGACCACGCAGGGGUCUCCGCUAUCCUAUCUUCGCCGAGCGGCCUGGCCUCUAG